AAUCAUGUAUUCAUUUAGCCAAUAAGAAAUGAGAAUAAUAUUAUUUUGUAUUGCUUAAUGUUUUUCUUAAGAUAAAUCUCAAAUAUUAUAAUUUAUAAUAAAAUCUUCAUCUCGUUUUACGUUUUUCGAUUUUUCAAAAGCUCAGCUUCGGCGUACGUCCAUACUUUAAACCGUUUGUGCCGCAUCCACAACACUAACCGUUCAACAAUAAGUAGGUAAUAACGACAAUUCAAUAUUGAAUUUAUGCAAUUUUAGAAUUUGUCGGUACCUUUAACUACUAUAUAACUUUUAAAAACUAUUGCAAAAUAAUCAUGUGGAUUAAUUAUAUUGCAUACACUUUAAUAAGUGUAGUCAAUGUAUAUUGUAUAUCUACAUUUACAACAGUUACAUCAAGUAAAACAGAUAAUGCAGUAUUUAUAUAUCCAGGACAAGCAAAAAGUGAACGAGACUUAGGAAUUUGUGAACAACAUAGUGUAUGUAAUAUUGUACACCUCAGGUUUUGGUUUCCAAAUCAAGUCGAACGAUUAUGUAAAUGCCCAAAUCGCGAAGAAUGUCCAUCAAAGUGGAGUACAAAUGAUAAUCUUAGUAUGCCAUUAGAUAGCCGUUCACAACUUAAGUUUUGUAAACCCAUUAACGAAUUGCCUGAUUGUACAACAAAAUCUGAUGAAUCCAUAACGAUUGUAAAAAGUAGAGAAGAUAACAAUGUUCAAAUAAAAGCCAAAGUCCACUGUAACUGUCCACAUCACACAACUUGGGAAUUAAUAAAACAUGAACAAAAAGAUCAACACAACGAAACUACUGAUAUAAGUUACGUUGAAGAUUUAUUCAAAUGUAAAAAGUUGAAGGAUUGCAAUGCUGGAGAAUUUUGUGGAUAUAUAAGAACAGAUUACUACUCAACGUAUACUAAAUGCACUUGUCCAUACGGUCAUUUGUGUUUACACAAAGAUAGACAAGAAAGUACAACAUACGAUAUGUUAUUUUAUGGAACAUCAUACAGGGCAGAAUGUACACUGUUAAGUGCUGAAUUAAAAUAAGUCUGAUUAUGAUUUUAUUGCUCAAAUCAACUACAUUAAUGUACUUAAAGAGACUAUUUUUUUAUUUAAUUAAUAUCUGUUAGAACCAAUUAAUCCGAAUUUAAAACAAAUUAUUAGAUUUAAUAAUUAUUAAGUUAAAGUAAAUUUGUAUUAAGAUUUUUAAAUAAAAAAACUAACCUGUAA